AUGUCAGAUGAUAAGCCUGAAGUUAGAAAGCGAGGAAAAUUUGUGAGGCAACCCUCAAGCAAGUCUCCGUCGACCAGCUCCCCAGUUGAGGUUGAUGCCGGACCAGGAUCCCCUGUGACAGAGGCGCCAGGAUCCCCCGUGGACGAGGCGUUAUGUGCCGGACCCCAGCUUUACACGAUAAAUUGGCCCGUGGAGAACUGCUGUGCGCACGUUUACAUACUACACGGAUACGCCGAACAUUGCGAGAGGUACAAUGCUUUUUGCGAGACCCUAAACAAGCACAAGAUAUCCGUCGCUACUCACGACCAUGUUGGUCACGGACAAAGUGACGGACACAGAUUUCACGUGGACCGCUUUGACACGUACGUGACCGACGCAAUAGAGUUGAUGAAGGAGCACAGGCGGGAGGUGGGCGAAGAUAAGCCGUUUAUAAUGUUUGGGCACAGUAUGGGUGGGCUGUUAGCUACUCAUUGUAUGUUGCAGGUUCCUGAGCUCUUCACUGCAUGCAUACUUAGUUCUCCUUGUUUGAAGAUCCACGGGAAAUACAACAAGUUACCGUUGCGCGUCGCUGCACGUGCGUUGUCCUGGAUAGCUCCAAGAUUCUACAUUCCCAGUCGCGCCCUAGCACUCGACCCUAAGGACGUGAUCGCAGACGAAAAGGACAGGGAGGGGUACGCGACCGACCCCUUGAUCUGGCACUACCAGAGCAAGCCAGGGUUCACCGUGGCAGUGUUUGAUGCUAUAGACGAGGCACAGAAAAACUUGAUGAAUCUGAAAGUAAAAUGCCUUGUACAGCACGGCACAGAUGACCUGGUGUGUGAUGUGGCGGGGGUUGAACCCUUCAAGCGGAUCCCUGAGGUUGCCCAGCUGAAGCUGUACGAGGGAGCGAGACAUGCUCUCCUGCUGGAUACACAGGAGAUAAGGAAUGUUGUGAUACAGGACUGUUUGGACUUUAUAAACUCGGUUGUGUUUGAUUUUGAGACGUCUUCGUCAUGAGGGGGUUUUAUCGUUUUGAAAAGGCCGUGUUUUUAGAAUAUUUACCGUAGAUUGGCAAUUAGGCACAUGUUUGAUUUUUAACUUUUGUUUCUUAAUUUGCUGUUUAUGCUGUAGCCAUAAUGUGUUAAGUCUUUAAAGUUACAUUUUCAAUUGAUUACUAAAAGUUGGUCUGUUGUUUGUUAUUAAAUAGUUUUUCAUAAAUUUUUGGACUUAGAUUAAUUCGAUGUAUUGGGUCCAAGUAAUUGCGGACAUAGUUGACUAUGUGUUUACCGUGUUUUGGGUGCCCAUCUUAUUUUACAGAUGAUUUUUAUUCUUUAGAUUAAAAUUAAAAUUUAUUCCACUUUUUGAUUUACUCCACUCUC